AUGGAGACCGCAAGGCAAGUGCUCUGUCUCUGUGCUUUCCUCUCCCUGCCGCACGCUCGCGCCGAGCCCAUCCGCUACUCCGUAGCCGAGGAGAGCGAGAGCGGCUCCGUGGUAGCCAACGUGGCGGAGGACGCGGGGCUGGCCCCGGCGCAGCUCUCGGCUCGCCGCGCCCGCCUGCUCUCGGAGGACGGCCGGCAGCACUUUCGCUUAGACCCGGGCAGCGGCCGCCUCGUCGUGGCCGAGAGGCUGGACCGCGAGGAGCUGUGCGGGCAGUCCGCUACCUGCACGCUGCCCUUCGAGCUCCUGCUGGCAAACCCCGUGCAGUUCUUUCGGGUGGAGGUGGCCGUGGAGGACAUCAAUGACCACGCGCCCGUUUUCCCGGAGGAGCGGGUCAUUCUUAAGAUCCCAGAAACGAGCAACCUCGGUUCUCGUUUCCCUCUGGAGGGGGCUCAGGAUCCCGAUGUGGGCAGCAACAGCAUCCAGACUUACAGCAUUGAUCCCGAGAACAAGUACUUUAGUGUCGCUUUUGGGAGUCAGAUAAAGGCCAAGAAGUAUGUCGAAUUGGUCCUGAAAAAGCCACUCGACAGAGAGGAGCAGGCAGAGAUGGAUUUCAAUCUUAUUGCUGUAGAUGGGGGCUCUCCACCCAAGAGUGGAACCACCCAAAUCCACGUUGUCGUUAUAGAUGUAAAUGACAACGCUCCCAUCUUCUCACAGGACCUUUAUGUUGGGCAGGUUUUGGAAAACACUUCAGAGGGCUCUGUAGUUCUCAGAGUAGUGGCAACCGAUCAGGAUGAGGGAGUUAAUGGGGACAUCUCCUAUCAGUUCAGCCAAGCAGGAGACCAGAGCUACUCGGCAUUCAUGAUAGACCGCAUGAAUGGUGAAAUUAAACUCACAAAGCCUCUGGACUUUGAGGCGGCAGAGAAACAUGAACUCAAUGUGCGGGCCACAGAUGGAGGGGGCCUCUCAACAAUCUGCAGAGUGUUGGUGGAAGUGGUGGAUGUGAAUGACAAUGCACCAGAGGUGAUGGUAAAUUCCUUCAGCAGCCCCCUCCCUGAGAAUGCAUUGCCUGGAACAGUGGUCGCUCUGUUUACUGUCAGGGACCGGGAUUCUGGUGCCAAUGGGAAGAUCUCCUGUGCCCUUGAGGACCAGCUGUCAUUCUCCUUGCGGCCAGCCUAUAAGAAUUACUUUGAGCUGGUGACUGUGAGUGCACUGGACAGGGAGGAGAUGGCACGGUACAUCCUGACAGUCACAGCAGCAGACGCGGGAUCACCUCCUCUCACAACCACCCAGACCUUCACAGUGGACAUCUCUGAUGUGAAUGACAAUGCACCUGUGUUCAACCAGACAUUGUACACAAUGUAUGUACGUGAGAACAAUGUCCCCACGGUGCUCGCUGGAACCGUCUGUGCCAUAGAUGGAGACGUGGGGCCUAAUGCCAAGGUGACCUAUUCCCUCGUCCCAGCCUACCCUACAGAGCAGCCUCCCUGCUCCUGCAUCUCUGUGAACUCUGAGAAUGGAGAUGUGUUUGUGCUGCGGCCCCUGGACUAUGAGCAGGUGAGGCAAAUUGAGUUCCUGGUGAGCGCCUCUGAUGCAGGGUCACCUCCUCUCAGAGCCAAUGUCACCGUCCAUCUUGUUGUGGUGGAUGAAAACGACAAUGCUCCACUGGUGCUGUACCCCUCACAGGACAGCAGCUCUCCAUCCAGUGAGCUGGUGCCCAUUUCAGCUGAGGCAGGCUACCUCAUCACCAAAGUUGUGGCUGUCGAUGCUGACUCAGGGCAGAACUCAUGGCUCUCGUACCACCUGCUGAGGGCCACUGAUCCUGGACUGUUUGUGGUGGGUGCCCAAAGUGGGGAGGUGCGACUGAGGAGAUCAGUGACAGAGAGAGACACUGUGAAGCAGAAACUCGUAGUGCUAGUGCGAGACAAUGGGCAGCCUCCACUGUCAGCCACUGCGGCAAUGCGUGUACUCCUGCUCAGUGACUUCUCGGAUGUGCGCCUGACACACAGCAGCCUGACCACAGAGAAUGAGGGCAGCUCCCUUACAAUAUAUUUAAUCAUUUCAUUGGUUUUUGUCUCACUCCUCUUCCUGGUGUCCACAGCAGCCUUUGUCAUUCUCAAGGUGUGCAAGAGAAAGAAGCUGAAGGAUGGGCAUGUGCUUUAUGGUGCCAGCAACUUACAGAGUAGCCUUGCUGAUGCAGGUGCUGCAGGGACCCUGCCCCACGCCUAUUGCUAUGAGAUCAACCUCACGACGGGCUCUGGCAACAGUGAGUUCAAGUUCCUGAAGCCCAUCCUCCCCAGCCUGCCACCACAGCUCAAUGCCACAGGUGGGGCUACCAACAAUGAGCAAGAUUUCCCUUGUGGUCCUCUCUCUGUGGAGGAUGUGGCACCAGAUAACCCUGGGAUGCAUUCUGCAGAACAGUUCAAUAGUCUUUCCUUUAACUAACAUGGUAUUGGCACAGCCAGAGUCUUCACAUCUCAUGACCCAAAGGCUUCCUACCUUUGACAUUGGUGCUUCCAGAGUUAAUCUGCAGUUGGCACUGGCAAUUUCCCACAAAGUCAUUAAAAAUAUUGACUUCUCCCACAAAAAAAACCCUAAAACAAAACAAACAAACAAAAAUCCCUAACAAAACUUAAUGAGACUAGUGCUCCCUUAUUCAAUGAAUGCCAUGUUUCUGCUCUGUUACAGCCAUUUCUGAAAUGCUUUGAGAUUGGUUUUAUUUCCAGGACCCAACUAAGUUCUUAGAUCCCUUACUGGCAGGCAAGACCAUGGACCUAUUCCUCUGUGUUGUAACACAAUGGCACAGUUGGAUGGACAAACUGCAACCUUCCUGAAAUGCUCACAGCCCUCCUCAUGCAUCAGAAAAUGAAGGACGUUGUGGGUACUGUGUGACAAUGUGAUAUGAGCACGGGGCUCUCUCUCCUCUGGGUUCUGGAUGUCUCUGUCUGAGAUGGGGGAGUUGUGUGUGUUUUUCCUUCUGGACAGUGUCUGUCUGUACAGUUGUGCUUCUGCCUACACUGCACAAGGUCUUCCCACUGAAGCAGGCAGUUGUUCCAAUCCUGCAGUUGAGAUUCCAGUGAAGCAGGAAGAAAUAUAUUUUGACCCUUUGGUACAACAGUCUCAUUAUCUCUAGGGGAGAGCAGAAAACUACACAAGAUUUUCCCUAGGCCCAUAAUGGAUGUUUAGGUGAUCUGCCUCUUGGAAAACAGAGCAGCACAAAUGGUGUUGGAAUAAAAUCUUGUGGACCAGGCUAGAUUAGGAUAGAAGUAUUCAAUUUGAAGGGACCUACAAUGAUCAUUUGGUCCUACUGCUUGAUCCUUUCAGGGCUGACCAAAGUUAAACUAUGAUUUUAACAGCAUUUUACAAAUGCCUGUUAAACAUAGACUUGCAACAUUGAUCACCUCUCUAGGAAGCCUGUUCCAGUGUUUGACCACCCUUUCAGGAAAGAAAUGCUUCCUGAUAUGACAUUUAAACAUCCCCUGGCAUAGUUUUAAAACAUUUCCAUAUGAGGUAUCACUGGAUAUGAGGGAGAAAAGCUCAGUGUCUCCCUCUCUACUUCCCCUCCUUAGGAAGCUGGCCCUUACAUGUUUCUUCAGUAUUGUGCAGUGUUUGAUGCCAAUAGAAUGCAGUCUACAUUCUUGGCUGCCAGGACACACUGCUGGCUCCUACUGAGCCUGGUGCACACCAGCACCCCCAGCAGCUGCCUUUCUGCAGGGCUGCCCUCCAGCCUCUCCUUGCCCAAUUUACACUGAAAUUCAGAAAAACUACAUCCACCACUUUCUCUUCAUCAAGGAGGCAGGUGACCUUAGUACCCAGCAUGAUCUCCAUAUUUUGUCCAGCAGCUGGGGUGAGACCAACACAUCUGUAUUUGCCUGUGGCUUUCCUCAUACCUUUCUUGCAGACUGGAAGAACAUCAACUGCCUUCAAGCCAGGAAGCUUAGGGGACUGUCCUCUGUUUCAGGAGAUUGGGCAGCCCUGGGGGCUAACAAUUUAAUUAAGUGAGGCAAGAAAAACACUGAAUGGCUCCUUUUCUUCAUCCCUGUUAUUCAGGGAGUGACCAUCUUUCAUAAGUACCAGUCUAAUAUUUUCUUUUCAAACUUCUCCUGCAAUGAACUUACUUUAAAAGCCAUUCCUGUUGUUCACCACAACAGUGGCCAGUUUCAACUCUGAUCAUGUUUUGGCCUUUCAUGCCUUCUCCCUGUAUAUAUGAACCACAGCUCUGCAAACUUCUUGCAAAGACUGACCUUGCUUUCAGAGAUCAUUUAAUUUCUUUUCCUCUGGAGCUCCACAAGGGUUCCCUUUUAGCCAAAGGUUUAGCCAAGCUGGUUGUCUGCCCUACACGCUGGACUUUUGGCACUCUGGAGUUGUCUCAUGAUAAGCAUAUGGAGUUGUGAGAUGUUCCUUGUCCUUGGGUGGUUUGUAGAGAAGCUCCACAAGUUGCUUCAAGGGACUUUUUAUGAAGGUAGAAUUGAGAUGAAAUCAGAAAAGGGACAUUGUGUUUGGCCUUGUCAUUCAAAUUCAGAAUUGUUUCUGGAUUUGGAAGUUUAUUGAUGGGAGUUGAAAUGUGUCCUGCUAUGAUUUUUGGUUUUUCUCUUAGAGCAUUUGCAUUCUUGUUUUUGUCUUUUCUCCUACUCUGCCAACUGUAUUUGAGCAGACUGAAUGCAUGCAGUGUGGCAUGGCAUAUUGGGAAACCCUCACACUGUGUUGUGCUGCAGUUAUAAACUGCUAUUUUAAUGUGGGAUACCCU